AUGUAAAGUAGAGCACCCUAGAUAACACAUUAUUGGUCGAGGAUGAAUGAUAAACAAUUGAUUGUUUGCUUUGACCGGUGCUGUCACCAGCGGCAGUUCCAUCAUGAAUUUGUUACUCCAUCAGCGAUUUUGAAACAACUUCUUCGAAUCCAAGGGAGUAUGGACAUUGUUUCAAGUAGCCUAACGGCUAUAUCCUUGUUAUGGACUCCACUUGAGGCAUGUUGCUUUUAUUCAAGAAAAUUGGAGACGAGAGUAACGACAUUGAGUUCUAAAAUGGAAGAACUAACUAGUAAAGAAAAUGAUUUAAAAGCUGAAAUAAAUCGUGGUAUGGUGAACCAACAAAAGAAUUUAAGAAGUGAGAUACAGUUGUGGCUCAAAAACGUUGACAAGCUUGUAGCUGAAGUUAAGCAGAUCGAGACAGAAAUCGAGAAACAUACGAAAGGAUGUUUCCCUAACUACCUUUCCCGUUACAAAUUAGGUAAAAUGAUGGUGAAGAGAAUUAAUGAUAUGAACCUGCUUCAAGAUAAAGGCGUAUUUCCGAACGGGCUGUUUAUUGAUUCUUCUCAAGAUUCCGGGAGAAUCCUACCCACAAGUGGAUUAGUGGGUGAUAAAACUUUUAACAGAGUUUCAAAGGCGAUCUGGAAGCUGUUGACUGAUACGAAUACCAGUAUGAUCGGUGUUCAUGGAAUGGGGGGUGUUGGCAAGACGUCUAUAAUGAUGCAUAUUUAUAACCAACCAGCUAAUCGAUUGCAAGAUUUUUGAUCGGGUCAUUUGGGUGAAUGUUUCAAGAACUUUUAACGUAGAGAAAUUGCAGCUAGAUAUUGCAGAUGCAACAAAUUUAGAGCUCUCAAAAGAUGAAAAUGUGAUAUGGAGAUCAACGCGGCUGCUCGAGCAUUUGCAAGGAAAAAAGUUUGUUCUCAUCUUAGACGACAUGUGGCACAAGUUUUCCUUAGAAGAGGUAGGUAUCCCACAUCCGAGUAUAGACAACGGUUGCAAGUUUGUAUUUGUAACUCGCCUUAUGGAAGUUUGUCGUGGAAUGGAAACUCAAAGGGAAGUCAAAGUCGAUCUGUUGACCAAGAAUGAAGCAUGGGAUCUAUUCACAACCAAAUCAGGUCCAAUUCAGAGUGAUGAAAUAGAACCCAUUGCAAAGGCAGUGUGUGAAAACUGUGGUGGAUUGCCACUUGCAAUUAUCACAGUGGGUCGGGCCAUGAGGAAAGUUAAAGAUAUAAGAUUAUGGAAGAAUGCACUCGAAGAAUUACAAACCUCAAGGGCUGACAUUAUUGGCAUGGAAGAAGAUGUGUUUGCCCGACUUAAAUUCAGCUAUCUUCACUUAAAAGAUGACCAUAUCAAAGCUUGCUUUCUGUAUUGUGCUUUGUACCCCGAGGACCAUAAAAUUGAUGCUGCAGAACUUAUAGAGUACUGGAUGGCAGAAGAAUUGAUAACUGAAAUCGGAGAUCGAGAAAAAGAAAUCAACAAAGGGUACACAGUGCUUGAAAUGCUUGCUCGAAGACGUUGGGUCGGAUUACGUCAAGAUGCAUGAUUUAGUUAGGGAUAUGGCUAUCCGGAUCGCUAGGGAGGGCCCGAGGUUGAUGAAUAAAUCUGCAUUGAAAUUAAACCAAUUGGCAAGAGAAUGGAUCGAAAAUGUUGAGUGGGUUUCUGUGAUGGAUAACGGUAUUAGUAUUGUACCUGAUUAUCCAAACUGCCAGAAACUGUCUACUUUGCUUCUUCAGAGGAACCCACUUUCUCAAAACAUUCCUGAUUCGUUCUUUAUGCAGAUGCCGCGUCUUAAAGUACUUGACCUCUCUAAAACCGGCAUCAAGUCAUUACCAGAGUCGGUUUCAACUUUAUGUAGCCUUCGUGCACUCCUUUUAAGCUUUAGUGAGUUGAAGGAGAUUCCUUCAUUAACCAUGCUUAAAGAUCUGAGAGUGUUGGACUUGUCACAUAGUCGUUUGAAAAAGCUACCAAGCGAUAUAGGCGAGUUGACAAAUCUAAGGCGUUUGGAUUUAUCAUACACCGAGAAACUGAAGACGUUCCCGUAUCACGUUCUCCAAAAGCUUUCUUGUCUGGAGAACUUUUCGAUGUUUAGAAGCAAAUGGAGAUGGUCAUCAGUUAGCGGAGUUGGAUUUGAUCAAAUUUCAAGUUUAACCAGCCUUGGCCUUUCGUUCGAGGACCGAACCAGUUUCAUAGAGUAUGUGAGAUCUAAGCAGUGGCAAGAUUUGCAAAGUUACCAUCUUGGUAUAGGUCAGCUAUCCAUUUUUCUACCUAUUUCGAAAGGAAUGCGUAGCAUUGAAAUUCAAGAUUAUGACCUUUUUCGGCAAGACGCGGUAAUCGAGCUUCCAAACAACAUCCAGCAGUUGGCCCUGCACAGUUGCCAUGAUAUUACAUUUCUAUCAAAACCAUCUGACACAACCGACUUGGAAAAUCUACGACAGUGUUACCUCUCAAACUGCAGUGGUAUGGAAUUUAUAACAACUUGUGGUAACCGUUUUCCAAGUCUAGAGCUGCUAGUCCUGCGAAAGCUGCCCAUAUUAAAGGCCAUAUGUAACGGUAUCGCAUCAAGUCAGAUUUUCACAAAGCUAAAGAGUCUUAAAAUCCAUAGCUGCAAUAGCAUGAAGUAUUUGUUUUCAUCGGGUAUGUUGGAAGACUUUCAAAACCUUGAAGAGAUUGAAGUGUGGAACUCCAGCUUGAUCCAAGAGAUGGUAGAAGACAACAGCGGACUCGUUUCUACUGUUUCACUUCCAAAGCUCCGUCGUUUGUCGUUAUCCUCAUUACCAGAAAUGAAAUGCAUCACAAAAGGGGUUCUGAUUUGUGAUUCCCUUGAAACAGUUGAGAUAUGGGAUUGUGAGAAAUUGAGGGCUCUUCCGUUCUCCGUUAGCCACUUGCCAUCAACUCUUGAGCGCAUUAAGGGAAACAGAAGUUGGUGGGAUGGGUUGGAAUGGGAUGAACCUAAUUGCAAGAAUCUUCUUCAACCAUUUUUUGACCAAGGCACAUGAAAUUUCCCUAGUAGAAUUUGUGAUGAGAAGGCGAAUCUUAGUUUUGGAUCAGUUAGGCUCCUGCAAAGGACUUAUGUAAGUCAAAACUUUGAUAUUUCUGAACCUACUAUAUAUAUGGAUUAUCGUGCUUAUUAUACACACACAUUUGAUUUACUCCUACAUGAUAACUAUAGUUAUUUCUUGUGGUGGUGCAUGAGAACGCUUGUAGAGAUCCAUGCGUAGGCUUCUUGUUUUGAGAUCCAAGCUGCACGCGUUUCUGCUCCCUUCGCUUGCAUGGGCAUAUUAGAUUGCCAUGCAUGUUUUGUUAGGUAAUGCCCAUUUAUUUAAGUUCUUUUUACCGACGAAAACAAUGAUUUUGAAGCUGAAAGACAACCUACUGCUAUCUAGAGCAACUUGGUGCUAAUAAAUUAGUCAAAGACUUAAGAGACAUUUUAGUGCUAAAGAUACAAGUUGCUGCUGAAACCCAAGUAAGUUGCUACUGAGACAUGCGCGAUGUAGUCAUUACUGUCAAUGAGGAAGUUACCGCGUUAAAGAGAAAAGCAUACGCUAUUGUGGGAAUUCAUUCGAUGAAGGUUUACUUGUCUUUGUUUAUCUAUAUUGUUAUCUUUGUUGUAAUUAUCUUUAGAGAAUCAUAACUAUAUUAUAGCUUGAGAAACUGUAUCAAGUCUAAACUGUAAGUGUAACAUUCCUUCUGAUUAUCAAUUGAAUUGGGUAUUUUUGAGAUUCU